AUGGCCCACAUUGGCCAAGUCAUAAUGUCCAUCUCUACCAAUAUGCAGAACAAGGAGCAUGUGAUUGAGGCCCUACGCAGGACUAAAUUCAAGUUCCCUGGCCGACUGAAGAUGCACAUCUCCAAGAAUGGCAGUGGCCUGAGGACUCUGCGGCUCCAGCUCUACUACAGCAAUGUCCCAGCAGAUGGCAAGAGCUGGGACCCUGUACAGGGCUCGACCUUACCAGAUCAGGGCCUCUGGGGUCAGCUGCCCAGUAAGGGCCCAGUCUGCCCUCAGGGGGAGUGUGGAGGAGGGGCCUGGGUCAAGACUGUAGGUGCCACUGAGGACAAGAUUCGAGGUCCACAUAGGAAGGACCUUUGGAUAAAGGUUUUUCUACACAAGAGCCCUGGGAGAGGAAAUGGCACCCCGGUACCCGAGAAGAAGGUCCAGGCUGGAACCAGCCAGCAGAGGAGGCUACAACCAGAGGCCCUGGAUCAGGGUUCCUGCCACGUGGAACUCUGCUUCCUCUCUUGGUUCCGCACCAAGAAGCUGUUCCCUAACCAGCAGUACCACAUCACCUGGUACUUAUCCUGGAGCCCCUGCUUGGCAUGUGCAGUGCGGGUGGCUGAGUUCCUAAUGGAGAACAGGAAAGUGAGUCUGAGGAUCUUCACUGCCCACUUGUGCUUCAAGAAACCAGAGUCCCGGGAUGCGCUGCGCAGGCUGUACCACCAGGGGGCCUCAGUGAAGAUCAUGUCCUUCCCAGAGUUUAACUACUGUUGGGAAAACUUUGUGUACAAUGAGGGAAUGACCUUCCAGCCUUGGAAGAAACUGCGUAAAACUUAUAAGUUGCUGCACAAAAACCUUGAGGAAAUUCUCAGAAACCCAAUGGAGCGGUUAGAUAUCAGAACCUUCUCCUUCCACUUUCGCAACCUGCGCCAUGCAUACGGGCGGAACCGCUCCUACCUCUGCUUCUGGGUGGAAAGAGUGAACCCCUGGUCAUCUGACUCCUCUGACUUUGGGGUCUUUGUAAACCAGGCUUCCUGCCACGCAGAGCUCUCCUUCCUCUCUUGGUUCUUGGAGGAGAAGCCGUCCCCUGAUGAGCAAUACGAAGUCACCUGGUACUUACCCUGGAGCCCCUGCUUGAGAUGUUCAGAGCAGGUGGCUGAGUUCCUGAGGCAGAACAAGAAUGUGACGCUGAGUAUCUUUGCCUCCCGCCUCUACUACUUCAAGAAACCAGAGUACCGGGAUGCGCUGCGCAGGCUGUACCACCAGGCGGCCUCAGUGAAGAUCAUGUCCUUCUCAGACUUUGACUACUGUUGGGAAAACUUCGUGUACAAUCAGGGAAUGCCCUUCAAGCCUUGGGAGGACCUGCAUGAAAAUUAUGAGUUCCUGGCCAAGGAGCUUGAGGAAAUUCUCGGGAAGCAAUCCGAAGGGCUGGGACUGGACCUUUGUGAAGCUCCCAUCUGUAAGACAAAAAGACGGCCUCCAGCGCCAGAGUUCCUCCAGGAGGCGUCCCUCCUAAUCCUAGAGGGCGGGGUGGAGGCAGACUUCCACCUAGCUUCCUCCUCCUCUGGUCGGACUUAUUCUGCCCACUCUUUACCGAUGCAGGUGUCUCGCCUCCUGUCCCUACUCGUUCCACCGACACGCAGGGGUGGAGAGGAGCCAGCAGUGGACCUGGCGUCAUCCCAGAUAUGUUGCCAGUUCCUCACCAUUAAAGCCUUUAUCGGAUGGCCUCGUCGCCUAACAUACCAUCGAUAG